UUUCCCUUUCGCGAAAAUGCGCGACUACACCUGCUGCUGCAUCACAGCUACCUGCGCUAUUGUAGUAGGCCUCGUAAUCGUGUUGCCGAUCGUUUUAACCAUCACUCUAAAUGUUCGACCGUCGAUCGAAGAUGCGACGCUCACCCGCUUCGUCCUCGUCCCGAAGCCGACCUCUAUUUCCUACAACCUCAGCACGGUCAUUCGGCUGUACAACCCUAACUAUUACUACGGGAUCUACUUCGACUCGCUGGAGGCCAACUUCCUCUUCGAAGGUCAGCGGUUCGACUGGGUGACCCUCCCGACUUUCUACCAGCAUCCUAAAAAGACUAACAUAUUUCGCCCCGUGAUCGGCGGUGAUUCGAUCGACAUAACUUUGGGGACCACCGGCCUCGACAACUUUGUAAGCGAAAACCGGACCGGGGUUUUCAACUUGGAGGUGCAGCUCAGCGCUCAUAUACGGUACAAGCCGAAUAAGUAUCAUUGUGAGUUGUUAGCGAGAUGCCCUUUCACAGUGCAAUUGGGGACAGGAUCCACAGGAAAAAACUCGUUUGAAAGGGCGAAAUGCGAUGUGGAGUAUCCAAAUGCUAGUGAUGAUUGUUGAGCUUUUGAUAAUAAUUAAUUAAUUUUUAUAAAACUUGUUUAUGAAAACUUGUAAUUCUUAUGUAAAGAUGCUAAAAUGUGUGUAUUGCGAAGAGAAAUGUUUGGUACAUUUCGGUUGUGAGUGUGAAUAUGUAGGAUGUGA